AUGAGGUCUCGAAUGGAAAGGAACCGCUUGACCUUGUUUUGGUGUGUGAUGCUGGGUCUGUCGUCCUGCCUCCGGCCCGCCACCGCAGAGAUCUGCGGCCCCAGCAUUGACAUUGGCAAUGACAUCAGUGAAUUUAGGCGUCUAGAGAACUGUACAGUGGUGGAGGGCUACCUACAGAUUCUCCUCAUCGGUGACAAAAACAACAACAACAUCAACCAGGAAGUCUUCCGGUCCCUCAGUUUUCCCAAGCUGACCAUGAUCACAGACUACCUGCUGCUAUUCCGGGUGUCCGGCCUGGACAGUCUGAGCACGCUCUUUCCCAACCUCACCGUCAUCCGCGGACGUAACCUCUUCUACAACUACGCCCUCGUGAUCUUCGAGAUGACCAGCCUGAAGGACAUCGGACUGUACAACCUGAGGAACAUCACCCGCGGUGCCAUCCGUAUCGAGAAGAACCCAGAGCUCUGCUACCUGGACUCAGUGGACUGGUCCCUCAUCAUGGACGCAGAGUUCAACAAUUUCAUCGCUGGGAACAAGCAGUCCAAGGAGUGCAGCGAUGUUUGUCCAGGCAUCAUGGAGAACAACCCUCAGUGCCGGAAGACCAUGUUCAACAACAACUACAACUACCGCUGCUGGAAUUCCAAUCAAUGUCAGAAUGAAUGUCCAGAGAAAUGUGCACGGCGAGCGUGCACAGCUGACGGCGAGUGCUGCCACCCUCAGUGUCUUGGCAGCUGCACAGUCCCAGGCAGUGACACAGCCUGUGCUGCAUGUGUGCAUUACUACCACCAAGGCCGCUGCGUGGCCAACUGCCCGCCCGGCACCUACAAGUUCGAGGGCUGGCGCUGCAUCAGUGCCGAGCUUUGCUCCAAGGUCCACCUCCCAGACUUCGACAGCUUCAUCAUCCACGGUGGAGAGUGCAUGUCUGAAUGCCCAUCUGGGUACACACGCACCGCACCAAACAGUAUGUUCUGUACAGCUUGUGAUGGUCUGUGCGAUAAAGAGUGCGAUGAGAAGGUCAUCGACUCCAUGGAUGCCGCUCAGUCUCUCAAAGGCUGCACUGUUAUCAAAGGCAACCUGCAUAUCAACAUCCGCAGAGGCCACAACAUGGUGGCAGAGCUGGAGAGUUUUACAGGUUUGAUCCAGAGAGUGACCGGUUAUGUGAGGAUCAGACACUCACACACUCUGAGCUCGCUAGCCUUCCUCCGCAGCCUCAGAUACAUUGACGGAGAAGAACUUCUGGACGACAUGUAUGCCUUCUCAGCAUUUGACAACCAGCAGCUCCAGUACCUUUGGGACUGGAAGCAGCAUAACCUGACCAUCAAGGCAGGAAAACUGUUCUUCAGAGCCAACCCAAAACUCUGCACAUCUGAGAUCCGCAAGAUGUGGGAGAAGACGGGCAUCCAGGGCCGCUUCGAUGUUAGCGAUUUCCGAAACAACGGCGACAGAGCCAGCUGUGAAAGCACUAUCCUAGAGUUUACGUCCAACACCACCAGCAGUACAAGGAUCAAACUGACCUGGCAGCGUUACCGCCCUCCCGACUACAGAGACCUCAUCAGCUUUAUCGUCUACUACAAGGAGGCGCCGUUCCAGAACAUCACAGAGUUUGAGGGGCAGGACGGUUGUGGCUCCAACAGCUGGAACAUGGUGGAUGUGGAGCUGAGGCAGGACAAGGAAUCAGAUCCUGGCGUCCUGCUGUCAAACCUGAAGCCGUGGACACAGUAUGCUGUCUUUGUUAAAGCUAUCACACUCAUGGUGCAGGACAAACAUAAUCCCGGUGCCAAGAGCAAGGUGGUCUACAUCCGCACCAGCCCUUCAGCUCCCUCAAUGCCACAGGAUGUGCGAGCCUACUCCAACGCAUCUACCCAGUUGGUGGUGCGUUGGUCGCCCCCUGUCUCACCCAAUGGGAACCAAACAUACUACCUGGUCAGAUGGCAGCAAAAAGCCGAAGACCGUGAGCUGUACCAGCACAACUACUGCUCUAAAGACCUGAAGAACCCCAUAAGGAUUGCUGCCAUAGGGGUGGAAGACCAGGACGACGACACCAAACCCACAAAGCCGGAUCCUGAUGGGCCAGAUAAAGGCCCCUGUUGCCCCUGCCCCAAGUCAGUGGAAGACCUGGAAGCUGAGGCUGCUGACGCAUCCUAUCGAAAAGUCUUUGAAAACUUCUUGCACAACUCAAUUUUUACACCAAGGCCACCAGAUCGUCGCCGUAGAGAUCUUUUCGGUGUCGCCAACGCCACUCACCCCCGCCGCAACCGGCUGCAUACAAACAGCAGCACCGUCCCUCCUCUCCAAGCCGCCGGCAACAGCAGCACCGUGGACCCAGAGCCAGCAGAGCGCGAGUUUGACUUCAUUGAACAAUCUGUGACAGAGUCCGAGCUGCAGAUCUUCGGCCUGCAGCCGUUCACAGUUUACCGCAUUGACGUUCACGCCUGCAAUCGGCAGGUGCAGCGCUGUAGCGCUGCCGAGUUCGUCUUCUCCAGAACUAAGCCUGCAGAAAAAGCUGACGACAUCCCCGGUGCACUGACCUGGGAGGGCCACGAGGACUGGCUGUUUCUGCGCUGGCCAGAGCCACCUCGCCCCAACGGACUCAUCCUCAUGUAUGAGAUCAAGUAUAAACUGACUGCUGAGAGUACUGAGAAGCACGAUUGUGUCUCUGGUCAGGCGUAUCAGACACAGCGCGGUGUUCGGCUGUCCAACCUCAGUCCAGGAAACUACUCAGUCAGAGUGAGAGCCACGUCCCUGGCUGGCAACGGAUCCUGGAUCCACGCUCUGGAUCUCUAUGUGGCAGAACGAUAUGCAAAUGCCCUCUACGCUAUGAUCUUUGUUCCUAUUGCCAUCAUCCUCUUCAUCUGCUUCUUGGUCUCAAUGCUGGUUGUCUUCAACAAGAAAAGGAACAGCGAUCGGCUUGGAAAUGGUGUCCUGUAUGCUUCAGUCAACCCAGAGUACUUUAGUGCAGCUGAAAUGUACGUACCAGAUGAGUGGGAGGUCGCACGGGAGAAAAUAAGCUUGAGUCGCGAGCUCGGCCAGGGGUCGUUCGGCAUGGUGUACGAGGGCUUGGCGAAGGGCGUGGUCAAAGACGAACCGGAGACCCGCGUCGCCAUCAAGACUGUGAACGAGUCAGCCAGCAUGAGGGAACGGAUAGAGUUUCUGAACGAAGCCUCCGUCAUGAAGGAGUUCAACUGUCACCAUGUGGUUCGUCUCCUGGGAGUGGUCUCUCAGGGUCAGCCCACCCUGGUCAUUAUGGAGCUGAUGACGCGAGGAGACCUGAAGACUUACUUGCGCUCCCUCCGACCUAAAGAGCAGCAAUGGUCAAGCCUGUCUCUGCCUCCUCUGAAGAAAAUGCUUCAGAUGGCCGGGCAGAUCGCUGACGGCAUGGCGUACCUCAACGCAAACAAGUUUGUCCACAGAGACCUGGCAGCCAGGAACUGCAUGGUGGCCGAGGACUUCACCGUUAAGAUAGGAGACUUCGGCAUGACCAGAGACAUCUAUGAGACAGAUUAUUACCGCAAAGGUGGUAAAGGUUUGCUCCCUGUCCGCUGGAUGUCACCCGAGUCUCUGAAAGACGGAGUCUUCACUACAAACUCUGAUGUCUGGUCGUUUGGGGUGGUGUUGUGGGAGAUUGCCACUCUGGCAGAACAGCCCUACCAGGGUCUGUCCAAUGAGCAGGUUCUCCGGUUUGUGAUGGAGGGAGGACUGCUGGAGAAACCACAGAACUGUCCUGACAUGCUGUUCGAGCUGAUGCGAAUGUGUUGGCAGUACAACCCGAAGAUGCGUCCAUCUUUCGUGGAGAUCAUCAACAGCAUAAAGGACGAGCUGGAGCCGUCUUUCAGUGAGGUCAGUUUCUUCUACAGCGCCGACAACAAGCCGGCCGACGCUCCGCAGCUCCACCUGGACAAGAUCGACGACAUGGAUGACGUUCCUUUGGACCCCCCUUCUUCUACCCAACCACAGCAAGCCCCAGUCCCGCUACAGACCCCGCCCUCCCCGAGCUCAGAGGCCCCACCGGCCCCCUCGCUAGCCCCCAGCUCCCCUUCCUCUCCCUGUACAUCCACCGCUGCCAUGGACAAGCAGCCCUCCAGCCAGCAGGCGGCCAAUGGGCUGUCGGGGGCGGGCCUCGCAGCAGGGUCGGGGCUCGGGACAGGUUCAGGUGUCACAAUGCGGCCGUCUCUGGACGAACUGCCGCCGUACGCGCACAUGAACGGAGGACGCAAAAAUGAGCGCGCCAUGCCCCUCCCGCAGUCCUCUGCCUGCUGAUGGGACAGACAGCCACCAGACUGCAAACCCUGCCAUCCGCUGCUCCGCAGAGCCUGAUGUCUCAGCGGGUGGGACCUCUCUCUCUCUCUCUCUCUCUCUCUCUCU